AUGGCCAGGAACAAGACCGUAAUCGUCACCRGCGGAGCUCAUGCUAUUGGGAGAUGCCUCGUGAAGCGCUUCCUUGAAGAUGGCCACAAAGUCUACAUACUUGAUCCCGACGAGGUGGCGCUGCUUGCUACAUUGCAGAGCCACAUCCGACCUAACCCAGAAGAUCCCGUGAACCUGGAUGGGAACGUUUGCGACCUCGAGGACGCUGAUGAGCGUGAUAAAGGCAUCGACAAAGCAGUCGCAUUCUUCGAUGGGCCAGUUGAUGUCUUGGUCACCACAAUACCUGCCGUCCUGCAACCAGAAACAGAAAUAGAAGCAGGUGCGGUAUCGCGAGCCUAUGGAAUGACAAAAGCCUGUCUCCCAGCUAUGAGGGCUCAACAUGGUGAUGCUCGCCAUGUUGCCCCAUGCAUCAUCCACAUCACUCCCGCAGAGAACGAGAUGAGGUCAUACAAGUAUGCUGCUGUCAAAGCUGCCCUGAAGGGUUUCAUGAAGAGCAACGCAAUCACUUUCCAGAGCGAAGGCAUUCGAGUCAACCUUGUGAUCCUCGGCAGGAUCAAGGAGGCUAGAGACAGGAACGCAAAUCCAAACACAACGUUUGCGACGCCGGAUGAUGUUUACGGCACUGUCAUGUACUUUGCCAAUGCUGCCUUUGUCAUUGGACAACACAUCACGGUGGAUCGUAGCCCUACAGGCAUCAAGAAGCCAUUCGGAAAUCCCAUCAAGCAAGCACCGUUGGUUCAUGCGGCCCCGGCAGCAUGA